CCAAUCUCAAAAGGAGAGAGAACACAGUUAAACUUAAAACUCAAUCCGAACUCGCAUUUCCGACACACAAAAAAUAAAAAAUAAAAAAGCCCAUCAGAUCAUCAACACUGCUAUCUUCCGAAGUUCACUCCAUUUUCUCGGAGGAGAGAGAGUUUUCUCGGGAAAGCUUUCCCAUGAAAGAGGCGAGCACGAGCGAGGUGCCCCUGGGGCAAAACCUGAUAAAGCUUAUAAGCAACCUCUGCUUCUCGGCCUUCGUCUUCUCCGUCCUCAUAUUCACUGUCAUCGCCAUAACCUACCAGCCUCCAGAUCCAUGGCUGGAGUCCGCCCCAGCCCUAACCAAGCUCUUCACUCAGACCGAGAACGCCACCUUCAAAACCGACGACUCCAUCCUCAAAACCGGCGAGGAUUUGGUCGCCGUCGCUGCCAUUUCGCCGGCGAUCCCCCCGGCGGCGAUUUCGAACCCUAUAACGGAACUCGUGAUCGAGAAAUCUGAAGCCCUAAUCAACGAUUCGGGGACGCGGCAAUUGAGCUGCGAGGAUCUGGAGAAGGUGAAUUGCUCGGAUCCCAGGGCUCUGAUCGCGAUCGAGAGGUUUAAUCUUAGGGUUUUCAAGUCGAUUGUUUUCCUCGAGUAUCAAUCUCCUGUUAACGGUUCGAAACCGGACGAAUGCGAUGUCUCGUGGAGGUUUCGGAACAAGAAGGAGAAAUCGUGGAGGAAGUACAGGGAUUUCCGGAGGUUUAAGCUCGGAUUCGGUGAGAAUUGUAAUUACAGAGUGCUUCACGCCGGGGGUUGGCAUUCUGGCGUCAAUGCCCGUCGAUUUCGGACGAGAUUCAGCAAUUCGACGGCGGCUCGGGCAGGAAAACUAGCUCCUCCGGUGGUUCGGGACGAGGAGAUAAACGACACGAUCCCGACCUUGGGAUCGGAGACGAACUUCAGGAAAGGAAGGUACUUGUAUUACUCUCGUGGUGGUGAUUAUUGCAAAGGAAUGAACCAUUACAUGUGGAGUUUCUUGUGUGGUUUAGGUGAAGCUAUGUACUUGAAUAGGACUUUUGUUAUGGAUUUUAGUGUGUGCUUGGCUUCAACUUAUAACCCUAGUAGAAAAGACGAGGAGGGAAAGGAUUUUCGAUACUACUUUGAUUUCGAACAUCUUAAGGAAUUUGCGUCUGUGGUUGAGGAGGGUGAGUUUUUGAGAGAUUGGAAGAAAUGGGAUCGUGGGCACAGGAGGAAAGUGCCUUUUUGGAAGGUUGCGAGUCAUAAGGUGACUCCUAUGCAGCUAAGGAAAGAUAAGAGUACGAUUAUAUGGCGGCAAUUCGAUGCCCCGGAGCCAGAGAACUACUGGUAUAGAGUUUGUGAAGGGCAGGCUGCUAAGUACGUACAGAGACCUUGGCAUGCCUUGUGGAAAUCCAAGAGGUUGAUGAACAUUGUCACGGCGAUUAGCGGUCAUAUGGACUGGGAUUUCGACGCGGUUCACGUGGUUCGCGGUGAGAAGGCGCAGAACAAGGAGCUCUGGCCGCACUUGGACUAUGACACUUCGCCCGACAUGAUUCUUGAGAAGCUUAAAGGGUUGGUUCAGCCAUGGAGGCAUCUGUAUAUAGCUACCAACGAACCAUUCUAUAACUAUUUUGAUAAGUUGAGGUCUCAGUAUAAGGUUCAUUUGCUCGAUGAUUACAAGGAGUUAUGGGGGAAUACAAGCGAGUGGUACAAUGAGACCAUGAAUUUGAAUAAUGGAAUACCUGUGGAGUUUGAUGGGUACAUGAGAGUUGCUGUUGAUACUGAGGUUCUUUACAGGGCAAAGACACGGGUCGAAACGUUCUAUAAUUUGACUAAGGAUUGCAAGGAUGGAGUCAAUACAUGCUGAUCAGAAUAUCAGAAAAGAACUGCAAAUCAAGCAAGUUUUCUUGGGGUAAACACAUCAAGCAAGUUUUCACGGGGUAAAC